AUGUCCUUUAAUGAGCAGCAGUGCAAGAAGCCAUGCGUGCCUCCUCCUUGUCUUCAAAAGAUCCAAGAGCAGUGCCAGGCAAAGGCUGAGGAGGUGUGCCUCCCCCCAUGCCAGGACCCCUGCCAAGAAAAGCAUCCAGUGCAAGCUCAGGAAGUGUGUCUUCCUCACCGCCAGGAGUUAAACCAAGAAAACUGCCCACAGCAAGGCCAAGAUCCAUGCCCACCUCCGUGCCAAGACCAACGCCCACCUCAGUGUGUAAAGCCAUGCUGGGAGCUAUCUCAGACAAAAUGUGUGGAGGUUUGCCCACAGAAAGUCCAGGAGAAGUGCUUACACCCUAGCAAGGGAAAGUAGCUGCUCAUAACGCCAUCUGGGGACAAGAAGAUGGCCAACAGAUGAAAACCCAACCCCAGCCCAUGCAAUGGUGACCUUCUCCUGUGGGUCCCCCUGUGUGCACCGUGUUCUUGCCUUCUGGUUUCCUCAGUAUUCAGGACUUGCUCUGUGUCUCUGAAGUCAGUUCUCUCUGUAUUUCAUGAACCUCUGUGAAUAAGUACAGUUCUCAGCAGUCUAGUAGAUGGUCUCAACUGUAAGAAGAGUAUGGUUGUCAGAGGAGAUCAC